GGGGCUCGGGCCGCUUGGAGUUUCGAGUUGGUACUUGGUUACUUCGAACUCGGUAUUAACAUCAGUAGUCAGUCGUAAACUCAAAGCCGGCCUGUGAGGCUGCGAUGCGCUUCAUUAAUUUUAAUAAUUGCGUUCUGCGCUCGCGUGUCGCGACGUUUGUUAAAUUAAUAACGAACGGAGGACGUGAAUUUAUUUAUUUACAAUCAUGAGAGAUAUCUGAUUGUCAGAAAAAAUGGCAAGUAGUACGGAGGAUUACGGUUCGGAGCUCCAAGAAUUACAGUGGGGUGGUGGUGGUGGUGGUGGUGGUUCAUCAACGCACUUUUUACGUAGCAGUACUAAUUUGUUGAGAAAUACUGGGGGCAGUAGUACUGUUGGUUAUUAUGAAGCUGAAGAUUUGGAGCCGAUUGGUGGUAGUGGUAGUGGUGGUGGUGGUGGUGGUGGUGGUGGUGGUAGUGGUAGUAGACACAUCGGACAAAAUAGAGGUUACUACAGUCCUCCAGGUACUAGCUAUACUAUUGUAGAAAGACCACCGAGUGCACCCCAUCAUCACUCAUCUCAUGCGACACCUUAUCGACAUCGGAGUCAUACCACCAGUACCAGUGGUGCUAUUUCACCUGAACAAGUUUUACGAAUUUUUAACAACGGAGUGGCUGAAAGAAGACAAAAUGAACGUAGAACACCAGCAUCAAGCCCAGCAAGUGUAUCAGCAUUACGUGGUGCUAAUACAACAUCAUAUUCAUCAUCAUCAUCAUCAGCAGUAGCAGGAGGAAUAGGAGGAAUAGGAGGAAUACAAACAGUUACAACAAGUCCAACAUCACAAUCCUCAUCAGUACCACAAGCUUUGAGUCUUCAAGAGCUGACUGUACGGACUAUAACAAUGACACGUGAUCCACCAGAUUCGCAUCAUGGAUUUGGUAUUUGUGUCAAGGGUGGUAAAGAUGCAGAAGCGCAAUCAGGUGUAGGAGUUUAUAUUUCAAGGGUUGAAGAAGGCUCUGUUGCUGAAAGAGCUGGAUUAAGACCAGGUGAUACUAUUUUGGAAGUCAAUGGAACACCAUUUCGUGCUGUUACUCAUGAAGAAGCGCUAAAGAUGUUAAAGUCAUGUAGAACACUAAGCAUGACUGUACGUGGACCGGCAUUAGAUCCACGAUGCCGUGGAGGUCAUCCGAUAUGGUCAACAGGAUCGGGAAGACAACAAUCUUGCUCGUGGAUGGAUCGUCAAGGUCGUCCAGCAUCACCACCUCCUUUGCAUCCACGUGACUCACGACAUGGAUCACGAACUCGUAAAGUUGAGCUUUGUAUUGAACCCGGACAAUCAUUGGGUUUAAUGAUACGUGGUGGACUAGAAUAUGGACUGGGAAUUUAUGUUACUGGUGUUGAUAAAGAUAGUGUUGCCGAUCGUGUUGGUCUUUUGGUAGGUGAUCAAAUAAUAGAAGUUAAUGGUACAAGCUUUGAAGAAGCAACACAUGAUGAAGCUGUUGAAAUACUUAAAACAAAUAAACGUAUGAGUUUAGUUAUAAGAGAUGUUGGUAAAGUACCACAUUCAUGUACAACAAGUAGACCUGUUGUUGUUCCAAGAUAUCAUAAUCAAACUGAUCAUGAUCCACAGUCAAUAUUAGAAAGUCCAGGAAAUCAUCCACCUAGUCCAACAAAUACAAGUGAUUGGAGGAAUCGUGGAGUACAUACUGUAGUAUCCUCAGCAACAGCGGCAAUGGUUGAAGAAAAAGCACGUGUUGUUUUGGCCCGUAGCGAGCGUGCUGCAUUAACACAAUUAAUUGGUGAUUAUAGAAAUCGUCGAUUAAAUAUUGAGGAUCUUGUUGCUAAUCUUGCAGAUUUACUCAAUACACAAGAGAAAUUGACACUCCUCACAGAAUUACGUGAAAUAAUUGAUGGCAAAGAUCGAGUUAUUUUUGAUGAUCUUGUUUAUCGUCCAAGAACUUUUACAGCAAGAAGGAAAGGUGAUAGAGCACAUUCAGAUCUUAUUGUAACACCUUCAAUACAUGAUUUAUCAAGGGGUGCCCAGACCGGAUCGUGCUGUCGUCCAGGACGACUGUUGGACCUCGAGGGAGAUCCUCUGGGUGUAACUGGUCCACUGCUACCUCGGGAUAACCAGGAACACAGGUCACCGAGCGAGGACAGCGGUCUUGGUUCUGAUAUGCCUCGUACGAGGACUGGAUGCAGACACACACAGCAUCAAGUUGCCACAUCUGAUCUUACACUCUCUAAUGAUGACGAGUACGACAAUCAGGAUUAUGAUGAUGAAAUAGAUAACGAUCGAGGUAGAAGACACAGCUCACCAGGUGGAUCUAGAGGUAAUCCACGUGAUUAUUCUUCUCAUCAUCACUUACAUCCAGAUAAUUUGGAAAGCGACGGCGGUUGCGAAGGUAGCGACGUCGAGAUGAUCGGUAAUGGCCGUCGCGACCGCGAUACCGAGGAUGAGGACGAAGGAAGGGAAGAGAGGAGCUCGGAGGGUGGAAGUGUAGGAGGUUUCGGUGGUUGGAGAUCACACCUACUUGGUGGUCUUACCCAGCGUGUCAAGUCCUGGUAUUGGGGCGCCAGACCCCUCGAACUUGCGCACAAAUUAUCACGAAGUUUCGAUAUGCAAGAAGCCCAAUUACUGGAGGAAGGUGGUGCAACUGGUGGUACUGGUGGUAAUCCAAGUGGAAAUGGACCACCAAGACGUCAUCACAGCGCACAAAGAUUAACACGCAAUGAUAUUGCGGAUCGACGUGAAAAAGAUGGUAGUGCACUUGUUGUACCAGAUCAUCAGGGUAAUUUACGUAUUACUGUUAAAAAAACAAAAUCGAUACUUGGUAUUGCUAUUGAAGGUGGUGCUAAUACUAAACAUCCAUUACCUCGCAUUAUUAAUAUACACGACAAUGGAGCCGCUUUUGAGGCUGGUGGUCUUGAAGUUGGACAAUUAAUACUUCAAGUUGAUGGUCAUAAAGUUGAAGGACUACAUCAUCAAGAAGUGGCGCGACUUAUUGCCGAAUCAUUUGCAAGACGUGACCGCAAUGAAAUUGAGUUCCUGGUGGUAGAGGCUAAAAAAAGUAACUUGGAACCAAAGCCAACGGCUUUAAUAUUCUUGGAGGCGUAGCAGAAAUCUCCCACCUCUGAGCCGGAACCACCGUAAGAUUCACAGUCAUAACGAUGAUUUUAUGGUUUUACCAUGGCCUCAAAGGUGCUAAGACCUUUUAAACUUUUAAAUUAUUUUAUCAUUUGUUGAUUUUAUUAAUAAAUCAUUGACAUAAAAAAAGUGGGUAAAAACACUCGUUUUGGAUUUUUAAACUUGUCAGUGAAUACUUAAUACAUUGUUUCAGAAAGAUAUUUAUUUUAUGAUUUUUAAUACAGUCUGAAAAAAUAUAAUAUUAUAACAACAUUUAUAAUGUUGAUACAUAUUGUUUUGUACAUUGUAAAAGUCAUUUUUUGAGGGCAUCUCAAACUCGUAUAAAUAAAUAUUUUUAUUUAUUAUCGCAGUCUUCAUACAUCGAUGCUUUCGAUAAUCAAUAAUUUAUUGCAUUUUAAGCAAAUUAUAGUCUUUUACUGUAUUUAAACAUUUAUUAAAGUUAUCAAUUUCCUUAUAGUGUCCAUAACUAGUGUAUCUACCCUAACUUUUUUUUUUCUUCAAAAUUAAUAGAAAUAAUUAUUUAUUAUUAUGGUUAGUGAAAAAAAAAUUAUUUAUUUAUUCAUUAAGUACUUAUGUAAUUUUAAUCAAAAUAAUUAUAAUACUUAAUAAUAGUUUCCAAAUCCGGCUUAUGAAGGUGGGAAAAUAAAAAAUAAAUUUUUUUAAAAAUCAACAUUUAAAGUUGGCUGAAGGCCUGAUUAAAUGUUAACAAAAUAAAUGAAAAAUGUCAUUAAUUAAAUUAAUUGACAUUACAAGCAAUGAGGCGACUGAUAUCAAAUAUAUACUUAAAUAACAUAUAUAUUACGUACAUGAAAAAAAAAACAAAAAAACAAAAAAAAAAAAAACGAAAAAAAAAUAACUGGGCUUUUGUAAUAAAAUAAAUAAAGUAAUGUAAACAGAAGCCAUUAAACAAAAUAAAUAAAAUAUAAAGAAAUAAAACUAAUAGGUCGCCAAUUGUGCCAAACUACUUCCAAGGACCUCAAUAAUAUUUUUAUCAAAGAUCAAUUACUUGUAUAGUAAAAAAAAUUUUGUAAAAUAAAAAAAGAUGCUUUAAACGUAACACCGUUAAUAAAUAAAAUAAAAAAUAAUUUAUUUGUUGCCUGGAAAAUACGUGGAUAAACUUGUUGACUUUGUUAUUAUUAUUAUUUUUAUUAUUAUUAAUAAAAAUUAAUAUUUAAUAACUAUUAUUAAUUAUUAUCAUAAAUAAAUAAAAAAUUAAUUAAUUGCAAUUAAAUUAUAAACGACAAUUGUUGAUGAUGCUUGAAUACUAUAUAUAUGUAAAUGUGUUGUACAUAAAUGACUCAAUCAAUUAAUGAAUACAUACAUGUAAAAAAAAUCAAUAAACUAACAACUAAAUAAAAUCGGUUAGAUUAAAAUAAAUGUGUGAAUGAAUAAACUUAAUUGUAUAAUGAUAAAAUAUAGUAAAUGAAUAAAAAUAAUGAAACAAAGGGAAUAGCGGGGGAAAAGUGAAAGACACGAUUUACAACGGUAUCGAGUACUACUUUGGCAAACUAUACAAUUUUAAAAAAUUAUCAUGUUUCUAUUUAAUUAUUAUUAUUAUUAUAUUUUUAUUAAAUAUAUAAAUUAACUAAUGAUUUAAAAAUUUUAUAAAUAGACUAACAGUAGGUAAUCAUUAUUGAGGUUUUAAACGUGUGAUCAAUGUGCCAAAUGUUUUUAGAGUUUAUGAUAUUUAUUUAAAUAGAAUUAUAACAUUAUUUAUAUUAUAACUUUAGAUGAUUGAGUUUGACAUAAAAAAAUUUUUAAACAAUUAAAUAAAUAAUGAAAGAAAGGAAAUUUAAGUUAAGUAGUCUAGUAGGUUGAUAGUACAGAGCAGCAUAACGUUUUGUUACUAUAUACAUAUAUGAAGAAAAUGAAUGAAUAAAAAAAAAAACUAGUGAAAAGAUUAAAAUACUUUGUUAUGGUUUAUCUCAACAUCAAGACUAUAAGAUUAAUAUAGUCGGGUCAAUUGUAUUUUUAUGAAUUUGAAAAAGAGAUUUUUUAUGAAAUAUUAUUAUUGUUAUUUCUAUCCUGAUUUACUUGUUUUAAAUGUAAAUAUUUUAAGUUUAUUUGAUAAUGUAGUCAAAUAUAUUUUAUUUAUUUAUUGUUUUAUGGUUUUCGAAUAGUAUAUAAUAAAAAUGAAAAACAACAGAUGAAUUUAAUUAAUGGAUUUAUUAAUUUUUUAGUUGACACGCACAAUAAUAAUAUCACUGAUAAAAUUCGCACUGCUUUGAAUAUAAGGAAAAAAAUGAAUAAUUAAUUGCUAAAUUAUAAUGUUACAAAAAAAAAAAGAAAAUAUUGAUAUACAUAUAAUUAAAUAAACUAUAAAUUUAAACUAAGUGAAUAAUAUAAAAAUAUAGAAUAUUUUUCUAAGCGGCUAAUGUGGGGAGGCAGACAUUGUUAAUUUAUCUGCAUAUCCGACUAUGCCUUAUCGCUUUAUGUGUGUUAUGUUGUAAGUUAGUAAGAGAAAAAUAAUAAUUAUUAUUAUUAUUUACAAGGAAAAAAAUGUUGUAUAAAUAAUUAAUAAAAACAAAAAAAAAAUAAAUAAGAAAAAAAGAAAAAUAAACAUGAGACUUAUGAAAAAUGUAAAAAUAUUAUUGAUAAUAAAUCAAUCAAUAUGCAGUUGAGUUAUAAGUAAUGAGUAUAAUAAGCUUUAUCCAUUUUCUAAAUUAUAUAAUAAUAACUAUAUUAUCAUAAUUUAAUAAUCGAAUUUUCGCGAAACAGAAAAAAAAACAUAUAAUUUAUUUUUGCAAUAGAAUUAUGUAAUAUUAUUAAUAAAUCAUUAUUGAGAAUAUAAAAUGUAACGUAUGAUGAAGUGAAAUUAUAAAUAAAGUUAUGAGAAAACUUUAAAUAAAAAUAAAUUAAAUUGAUGUUUCCAUUUCAUAGUCUUAUUGAGUAUUGCAUAAAUGAGGAAUGAGUUUAAAACAAUUUAACUUUUUACAAUUUAGAUUGAAAUUAGAAAAUUUUAUUAACAUAGUGCUACUACAGUAAUAAUAAUAAUAAUAAAACAAAAAUACUCUUAGUUAUAAAGAAAUUUAAUGCUAAUAAUGUAAUCAUACAUUAAUUAUUAAUAUAAAUAAUAUUAACAUUUAUGGGCAUCGGUAUAUAUAUACAUACAUAUGUGUAUAUAUAUAUAUAUAUAUUUGUCUUUGUCUUUAAAUAAUAUUGCCCUCAUUAUAGUUAAACAUUCGACAUUUAUUGCACAAUUGUCCAAUAAUCGACGUCAGUCGCUGAUUACGAAAUUAAAAAAAAUAAAUCAAUUCCACAAUCCCGAUUCAUUAGCUACUCUUUUUUUUUAUUAAAAUAA